CACAGCUCGCAGCUCGGAAAAGUGGAGAUAUCAACCACAUGUCAUCUGCUCGACAUCAUCUGCGUUUGUCGUCGCCUGGUGGCCGCACGGGGGAAGCCCACAGCGUGAGCAGACAGGCAGAGUGAAGGCACACAGGGCUCAGAGCAUGUCGCCUCCUGUUGCUGCAGCUCACUGUGGGAUCUGCUGUCGACCUUUCACACUGUACACAUGAAGGCAGAAAGCUUUUUCGCGCCUCUCCUCGCUAUGUGCGACCCGGACCUUUGGAGGAGUUUACCAGCAAAACGUCUCCUCUGAGCGUGGAGGGGGGAAUUAACAAAAACGGGUUUGUCGUUUGCGGGGAUUUUCUUUUUCUUUUUUUUGAUACAACUUCUCUCAGAAGUCGUUUUCUGCUCUUGCUACUACAGGCGGUUUGUUCGGAGCUGCUUGCGGUGUAAAAGUGUGAAACAAGUAAAAGAGAGCAACAGAUGUUUCUGGUGGAUAUGCGGCCGGCUGAGGAAUGAAAGCAGCAGCGAGGCACCGGCGGCCCUUCCAGCGGUUCUGCUGCUGUGGAGUCGGGCUGGUCGCCGUCAUUUGGCUCGCGCAGGUCAUCCAGGCACCAGAGACAGAGUCUUUGGGGUUUCAGCCAGGCGUGAAUGGUGAGACGCUACAAUGGACACGAAGGUUAAUGCAGGAGAAGUCAGACAACCAGAGCCUGGAUCUGGCUCAGCCCCGAGCAGCCAUCCAUGAGUUUCCAGAGGACAUCUUCACCAAGGAGCAGAGGAAGAAUGGGGCUGUGUGUCUCCAUGCACUCUGUGCCAUCUACAUGUUCUACGCUCUGGCAAUUGUCUGUGAUGACUACUUUGUUCCUUCCCUUGAGAAAAUAUCUGAGAACCUUCAGCUCAGUGAAGAUGUAGCCGGGGCCACAUUUAUGGCUGCUGGAAGCUCAGCUCCAGAGCUUUUCACCUCUCUCAUUGGUGUCUUCAUCACUAAAGGAGACGUUGGCGUCGGCACAAUCGUGGGCUCAGCUGUCUUCAACAUCCUGGUCAUAAUUGGUUUGAGUGGAAUCUUUGCAGGCCAGACGGUGGUUCUGACAUGGUGGUCUCUCUUUAGAGAUUCCUCCUACUACAUCCUGUCAGUACUGACUCUCAUCAUGGUCAUCUAUGAUGCCACAGUCGUCUGGUGGGAGUCCUUACUGCUAAUGACGAUGUAUGGAAUCUACAUUAUCAUCAUGAAGUUCAACUCCCAGAUUUUUGUGUUUGUGACACGUCGGUUGAGGAGCAUCAGGCCGUGCUGCCUCCGAUCAGAAGAACGGCGAGACAACAAGUUGGGAGAAGACACCUCGGCGUGCAACACAUCUAUGGUGCUUCUCAACAAAGGCCAAGCCCAUGGUCAGGAGGCUUCUCCAGUCGUCAUGGUAGAUGAGCUUCUCAUCCUCAACCCUCACAAACUGUCCUUCUCAGAGGCCGGCCUGCGGAUUAUGAUCACCCCCCACUUCUCACCCCGCACCAGGCUCUCCAUGGCUGGACGCAUGCUCAUCAGUGAGAGACAGAGACUGCUCCGUAUUUCAAAAAAUCAACGGGACGUUGACGCCGGACUCGUGUCAAGAGGGGGGUCCACCAGCAACAGUCUGAAGAGGACAGCUUCCUGCAGUCUGGAGAACGGAGGCGGGAGACCCGGGAUGGUCGACACAGAGUCAGGAGACAAGCCAGGGGCCGAGGUGUGCCAGCAAGAAGAAGAAGAUGAAGACGAAGAUGGGAUUUUCAGUCCAGUGCGCAUUCCAGAUGGCUGGUGUGCGCGGGUAAAGUGGGUGAUCACAUGGCCUCUGGGCCUCUUGCUCUACUGCACUGUGCCUAACUGCAUUCUGCCACGCUGGCACCGCUGGUUCAUGGUCACCUUUGUGGCCUCUACUUUAUGGAUCGCUGUCUUCUCCUACCUCAUGGUGUGGAUGGUCACCAUCAUCAGCUUCACACUAGACAUCCCAGACUACAUCAUGGGCAUAACCUUCCUGGCAGCAGGGACAAGCGUGCCUGACUGCAUGGCGAGUCUGAUUGUAGCUCGACAAGGCAUGGGGGACAUGGCAGUGUCCAACUCCGUAGGCAGCAAUAUCUUUGACAUCCUGCUGGGUUUGGGUUUCCCCUGGGCUUUGCGUACACUUGUGGUGGAACACGGAUCAACAAUAUCCAUAAAUAAUAAAGGACUUGUAUAUUCUGUCAUCCUGCUGCUGGCGUCUGUGUUUCUGACAGUGCUGAGUGUUCAUCUGAACCGCUGGAGACUGGACCGUCGGCUGGGUCUGGGUCUCUUGUUUCUCUAUGCCAUCUUCCUGCUCUGCUCUAUCUUCUUUGGGCAGAUGUGAGGCUUACAGGUCAAAGGCCAACCCAACUCAGACACCAUGCUGAAUAUCUACCUUUCUACCACACGUCCUCUUUCCUGAAGCCAAAAGAAAGUGACGGCAUUGAUGUGUUCCUCUUAUUGAUUCCUCUGCACCUCAGUGGGACUUUUUAGGGUGAUACUGUACACAUGCAACUACACAAAAAGUUGUAGCUUUUUUUUUUUGUCCUUCUCGUACAGUGGAGUGCUUAAAAGCAGUCUUUAGGUAUUAAAUUGGGUGAUCUAGCAGAAAAUGUAGGAAUGUGGCAGAUGGAGGCAGCAGAUCUGUUGGGCCUUUGGUAAUAUUAAAAAAACACGCAGAAGUUCCAUCCAUCCAUCCAUCCUCAUCCGCUUUAUCCGAAGUCGGGUCGCGGGGGCAGCAGCCUAAGCAGAGAAGCCCAGACCUCCCUCUCCCCAGCCAC